AUGGCCGAUUAGCGUUAGGUUAUUGAUCAAUUCAACACACAAGCAAAUGAAGUUAUUUAAGGAGAAAGAUAAAGAGGAGAUGAGAAUACUGGUGAGCCUAUUUCAUUAGUAGGUCAUUUAGAUUCAUUGAAGAUGGGUGAAUAUGCUGUCAGAUAAAAUCCUAAAAAGAUUUUAGAUAUGAUGAAAAAGAAUGAAGACUCAAAGCUCAAAAAAAAGAAAGCAGACAAUUUAGUUUAACCUAAAAAGAAAACUAAAAUAAAAAUUGAAAAGAAAGAUAUUUUGAAUGCUGAAAUUGACCCUUCAAUUUUAUAUAAGCCUAAAACUAACGAAAACAGGAUAUUGUACGAGAGUAUCUUAAGCAAAGUUAACAAAAUUUUAACAGAUUAGCCAAGAGAUGUUCUCAUAAGUGUAACAGAUAAUAUUCUUGCUACCUUGAAAAAUGAUAAUUAGAGAGAUAAGGAGAAAAAAAAAGAAAUUGAUUAGCUUAUCUAGACUGAAAUUCCUUAAGAAAUAUUUGAUUCCUUAUUAACUACUGCAAUGCAAAUCAAUGAUUACAAUUAAUCUUAUGAAUAAAAUGAAUAAAAGUAUGGCAAUGAUGAAGAUCAAGAUAUGGGUAUUGAUGAAGAAGAUGAUGAAGAUGAUAAUGAUGAUGAUUAAAUCUAAGCUUAAGUUUAAGAUUAGCAAGAUAUUGAUGAAGAAAGUGACUAAGAAGAUGAAGAUUAGGAAUAAAAUUAAUAGAUUAAAGCUCUUAAUGGAGACAACUUUAGCAAUCAAAAUGAAAAGAAUGAUCCUAACAAUAUUGAUGUUAGAGCUAUUGAUGCAUAUUGGCUUUAAACCAAAUUAAAUGAUAUUUAUAACGACCCCAUGUAAGCUUAGAAAAAAGAUAAAGAAAUAUUGUCUGUGCUUAAUGAACAAAAUAAUAUUAUUUGUCAAAGUCAAUUAAUUAAGAUAUUAGGUUAUGAUUAGUUUGAUUUAAUUUCUUUGCUUGAAAAAAAUAGACACAAAAUUUACUUUUGCACUUUGCUUUAGAGAGCUGAAAAGUAAUAGGAAAAAGAUUAAAUCAUUGAGUAAAUGAGAUCAACAGAAGCAGGAGAAAGAGUAUGGGAAUAAUUACAAAAUAUUGAUAAAAAAUAUAAAUCAGAUCAUUUAAAUAAAUUUGACUCUAAGAGCAAGAUGGCUAAUCUUAAGGGUAAAGAAAUGGAUAUUGAAGAGCUUAUUACUGCAAACAAGAUUACAGAUGAAGAAUUCAAUAAAAUCAGUAAGAAAAUACUUGACUUAGAAAGUUUAGUUUUCUAAGAAGGUUCUCACUUCAUGAGCACUUAGCAAUUCACUGCUCCAGAAAGAGCCACUAAUUGUUCUUAUAAAGGAUACGAAGAGACAAUUAUAAAUGCAACUUAAAUCAAAAUAAACGCAGAAUUAAAAUAAGUUACAGCAUUACCUGAAUGGGCCCAAAAGCCUUUCGUAGAUAAAGAAGUUAAUAUAAAAGAAUUCAAUCCAAUUUAAUCAGCCGUGUUUGAUUGUGCUUUUAACAGAACUGAAAAUAUGCUGGUUUGUGCACCUACUGGAGCUGGUAAAACAAAUAUUGCCUUGCUUGCGAUUCUUAACGUCAUAGGCAAAUAUAUUGACCGUAGAGGAGUUGUGAAUUUAAACAAAUUUAAAAUUGUUUAUUUGGCACCAAUGAAAGCCUUGGUUGGUGAAAUGGUUUUAACAUUCACAUAGAGACUUAAAUAUUACGGCAUUACUGUAAGAGAACUUACAGGUGAUAGUUAAUUGUCUAAAGAACAAAUCGAUUCAACUUAAUUGAUUAUCGCUACACCUGAAAAAUGGGAUAUUAUCACUAGAAAGGCAGGAGACAGAACUUAUACAGAGCUUGUUAGACUUUUGAUUAUUGAUGAAAUUCAUUUAUUGCAUGAUUAAAGAGGUCCAGUCCUUGAAGCUUUAGUUGCAAGAACUAUAAGAAUGACUGAAUAGACCUAGGAAAAUGUUAGAAUAGUUGGUUUAUCUGCAACUCUUCCAAAUUUUGCUGAUGUUUAGAAUUUCUUGAGAGUAAAGCCUUUGAAUAAAAAAGAAAAUACUGGUGGUAUGUUCUUUUUUGAUCAUACCUAUCGUCCUGUCCCUCUUUAACAAUCAUUUAUUGGUAUUUCUGAAAAGAAGGCAGCUAAAAGAAUGCUUUUAACAAAUGAAAUCUUGUACUAGAAAGUUGAGUAAAGAGCUUCUAAGGAUCAACCUUUAUUCAUUUUUGUUCACUCAAGAAGGGAUACUGUUAAAACUGCAAAUUUUUUACGUCAAUAGGCUUACCAAAUGAACGAAUUAAAUAAAUUUGUAGAAGAAGGGUCAAAUGCAGAAGAAAUUUUAAAGAAAGCUGCUGAAAAUAUCUAAAAUAAAGAUUUGAAGGAAAUGAUUGUCUAGGGAUUUGCAGUCCAUCAUGCUGGUUUAAGUAGAGAUGAUAGGGAUAUUGUAGAAAAUUUAUUCUUCUAAAAUCGUUAUUAAAAGACAAUUAAAGUUUUAGUUUGCACAGCCACUUUAGCUUGGGGUGUUAAUAUGCCUGCUUCUUGUGUUAUCAUAAAAGGUACUUAAGUUUAUUCUCCUGAACUUGGUAAAUGGACUGAAUUGAGCCCUCAAGAUAUGAUCUAGAUGGUUGGUAGAGCUGGUAGACCUGGCUUUGAUCUAAGGGGAGAAAGUAUUGUUAUUACCUCUUUUUAGGAAAAAAAUUACUAUUUGAGUUUACUUAAUCAAUAACUACCUAUUGAAUCCUAAUUCAUUAGUUAACUCCCUGAUUAAUUGAACGCUGAAAUUGUAUUAGGAACAGUGUCUAACAUUAAAGAAGCUGUUGAUUGGCUUGGUUAUACAUAUUUAUAUAUUAGAAUGUUGAGAAGCCCUAAGGUUUAUCAUAUUUCAGAUGAAGAAUAUGAAAAUGAUAGACUCCUAGUAAAGCAUAGAGCUAAUUUGAUUCAUUCAGCAGCUACUUUACUGGAUAAAUAUGGACUUAUAAAAUACGAUAAGAAAACCGGUAUUUUCUAAUCGACUUCAUUAGGUAAGAUUUCAUCUCACUAUUAUAUCAAAUACCCUUCGAUGGAAAUCUAUAAUAAGCACUUAAAGCAAAAUAUGGGUGUUAUUGAGUUACUUAAGGUUUUCUCUCUUUCUAAUGAAUUUAAAUACAUUCCUAUUAGAGAAGAAGAAAAAGCUGAACUCUCUCGUCUCAUGGAAAGUGUACCUAUACCUGUUAAGGGUUCUAUAGAAGAACCUUCUUCUAAAAUAAAUGUUCUUUUAUAGGCUUACAUUGGUAAAUUACCUAUGGAAGGAUAUGCAUUGAAUGCUGAUAUGAUUUUUGUUACAUAAAGUGCUGGACGUAUUAUGAGAGCUAUAUUUGAGAUUUCAUUAAAGAGAGGAUGGGCUUAUGUUGCUGAAAAUGCAUUAAAUCUUUGUAAAAUGAUUGAUAAGUAAAUGUGGAGCUGCAUGACACCUAUCAGAUAGUUUAGAUAAUCAAGCAAUAAGAAAUUCGGUAAAAUUGGUGAAUCUAUUUUCAGAAAAAUAGAAAAAAUAGAAUAAAUGACAUUUAAUCGUCUAAAAGCCAUGAAUGAAUAAUAAUUAAUGGAACUUUUGAAAACAGGUGAUACUAAAAAUAAUAAGCUUGGUGCCAUUCUUAAAAAUAGAAUUCGUAUGAUGCCAGAACUUAAAAUAACUGUAGAUAAGAUUCCUAUCACAAGAAGUUGUUUACAAGUUACUAUUACUAUCGAUAAAGGAGAUUUCUAGUGGGAAGACUCUUUCCAUGGUGAUUCAGAGCCAUUUUGGAUAUUGGUAACUGACUGUGAUGAAGAGGAAUUACUUUACCAUGAAUAUUUCACUGCAAAGAAGCACAAAUUAUGUGCAAAAAGAUCCGAAGACGAACAAAGUCCCUACGUUUUCUAAUUUAUUGUAAGUCUAUUUGAAAACUUGCAUCCUGUAUACUAUAUCAAAGUUAUUUCUGACAGAUGGAUUUAGUGUGAGACUAUUGAACCUCUUUUCUUUAAAGAUUUAAUCCUCCCUGAGUAAUUCAGUGCUCCUACUAAAUUGUUAGAAUUCUAGUUAGUACCCACAUCAGAAUUAAGAUUCCCUGAAGGAGAGGCUGUUCUAAAAGAAUUAGGAAUUACUACCUUCAACAAAAUAUAAACAUAAGUUUUGAAUCAAUUUUACAGUCAAUCUGAAAAUAUAUUCCUUGGAGCUCCUACUGGCUCAGGAAAAACAGCUUGCAUUAUUGUUGCUAUGCUAAGAAUUUUUAAAACAUACUAUGAAAAUAAAAAAGUAAUUUAUGUGGCACCUUUUGAAUCUAUUUGCCAAAAUAUGUACAAACUAUUUUCUAAGGCUUUUAAGCAUCUUGGCAAAAAGGUUGCCAUAUUGACUGGUUAAACUAAAACAGACAACCAAAUUUUUACCAAGUAUGAUAUUAUUAUAUCUACACCUGAAAACUGGGAUAUAAACACUAGAAAAUGGAAAAAAACACAAUAAAUCAUUAACAAAAAUAUAAAACUUUUCAUUGCUGACGAACUCCAUAUGCUUAAUGAAUGUAAUUCAACUUAUGAAGUUAUUGUUUCUCGUAUGAGAUAGUUCUCUUCAUUGCUUUCUUCUAAAUCAGAAGGCAAAUAAGAAGGCAAGAAAGAAGUUAAUCAUAAUUUUCAAAUUAUUGGUUUGGCUACUUCUGUAGCUGACUAUAAAGAAAUGGCAUCAUGGAUUGGUGCUAAUCCUAGCAAUACCUUUAAUUUCAGUCCUGAUGUUAGACCUUACCCUGUAGAUUUACAUAUUACUGGUUUUGAAUAGCAUCACAGAAAGGCUCGUUUAAUUUCUAUGCAAAAGCACAUGUAUUAAGGUCUCAAAUUAUUCUUAAAAUCACCUCAAUAGUAAGGCAUAAUUUUUGUUUCUGAUAGAAAGUAAGCUAAAAUCACUGCUAUUGAUUUGUAAACUUUAGCCGCAGGUGACAAUAAUCCUUAGAAAUUCUUGAAGGUUCCAUAUGAUAGUAUUUAAGAAAUAGUCGAGUCAUUAAGAGAUCUCUCUUUGAGAUAAUCAUUAAAAUAUGGUGUCGGAUUUAUCUAUGAAGGUAUGAGUGAAUAGGAAAGAGAAGUUGUUGAGUCACUAUACUAAUCUGGAGCUAUUUAAGUUCUAAUCUCAACAUACAAAUUAUGCUGGGAGCUCAAUCUUCACUCUUAAGUUGUUAUCAUCCUUGACAAUCAAAGAUAUGAUGGUCGUGAAAAGAGAUAUAUUGAUUAUACCAUUCCUGAUAUGCUUUAAAUGAUAGCUUAUGCUAAGAGUAAAAACGCAAGUGCACAAAACGCUUAAGCAGCUAAGUGUUUAGUCUUUUGCCAUUCUCCAAAGAAAGAAUAUUAUAAGAAAUUCUUAUUUGAACCUUUCCCUGUAGAAUCAAUCUUAUCAGAAAACAUAACUAAUCACAUUUGUGGUGAAAUUUAUGCUGAAAGAAUUACUUCUUUACCAGCUUGUAUUGACUGGAGCACUUGGACAUUUAUGUAUAGAAGAUUAUCUUAAAAUCCUUACUUCUAUGGACUCAGAGAAGUUUCAGGACCUGCCAUUAAUGAUUUCUUGUGUGAUCUAUUUGAAAAAGCUAUUGAAUAUUUAAUAGAAUAUAAGUGUGUUAAAGAAUUAGAAUAGCACAAUUUAGCUCUUUUAAGUUUAGGUUCUAUUGCAGGAUAUUACUAUAUUGAUGUAUAAACAAUAUAAAUGUUUAAUGAGAGAAUAAAGCCAGACUAAUCAACAAAGCAUUUGAUUAACAUCAUCUGCUCUGCAAAUGAAUUCUUGGAUAUCCCUGUUCGUCACUAAGAAGAAAACCUAUUAAAGUAAUUGAAUCAAUAAAUUAUGUAUCCUGUAGAUAGUAGCAUUGAAGUUUUCAAUGAUCCAAAUGUGAAAGCAUAUAUUUUACUUUAAGCUUAUUUCUCACGCUUGAACCUUUCUGCAGAUUUCUCUUAUGACUAAAAGCUAGUUUUAGACAAGGCAGUUAACUUAACACACGGAUUAAUUGAAGUUAUAAACUCAAAUGGCUUACCAAAAGAGGCUAUAAAAGCAAUGAGAUUCUCUCAUAUGAUAGUGCAAGCAGUCUGGACUGAUAGCUCUCCACUUUUAUAACUUCCUCACUUUAACGAGAAAAUAGUUAAAGCUCUAGCAGAUCUUGAUGUCAAAUCAAUUAAUGAUCUUCUUAAUAAUGAUGAAGCUAGAGAUUAAGUUUUCGAAUAGUUUAAAUUCUCUGAAUCAGAAAUCGAAGAAAUUGCUAAUGCAGCAAACAGAUAUCCUGAUAUUAACUUUACAUAUAGCAUUUAGAAUGUAAAUAGCAUUUAUGAAGGAGAUGAUAAGGUUAAUAUGAAAAUAUCAAUCACAAGAGAAGGUGAAGAUUAUACUGAUUUUGUUGUUGCACCUUACUAUCCCAAGUAAAAAGAAGAAUUGUGGUGGGUAAUGGUUGCAGAUACCAAUAAAAAUAUACUUCGUUGCAUAAAAAAGCUUGGUUUUAAGUAAAAGGCAGAUGUUGACUUCUAAUUUGAUGUACCUGAAGCUGGUUCUCAUGAACUAAGAAUAAUUUUAAUGUGUGAUUCUUAUCUUGGCUGUGAUACAGGAAAACAAUUCACUUUGAAUGUAAAACGUAGAGGUGCUAAUGGAAGUAUGGAAGACGAGUGA